AUGCCGUCGCUUCUCCUCCUUGCUGCCCAUGCUCCCCCUCCCCCCCUCCCCCCCCUUCUCCCCUGCCUCCCCCUGCAUCCUCCUCUUUCCCCUGCUUCCCUCCCCCCUCCUGUGCCUGCCUCUUUGCUCCCUUCGCUCAUCUUUGCCCCUGUCUCCCUCUGGGCCCUUCCACCCCCCUCCCUCCCCCCCUCUUCUGCUACUCGCUCCCCCUCCUCUCCUCCUCCCCCUCUUCCCUUCUUCUGCUGCCUGUGCCCUGCCCCUCUGCUCCCCCUUACCUCCCUCCUGGCCAGCCCCCCUGCCCUCCCUUUUUGCCUCCUCUCCCCCUGCUUCCUCUGUCUUCCCUUUCCUCCUCCCUCUCCCCUCCUCCCUUCCCGUUCUUUCCUCCCCCCUUCCUUCUUCCCUUGCCGCCCUCUCCCUCCACUGCUUGCCCCUCCCCUCUCCCCCCCUCCAUCCUCCCCUCUUGCCCCCUUCCCUGUCCCCUGGCUGGGUCUCCUGCCUCCCCCGUCUUCCCCUUUCUGCCCUGCUCUGCCUUUCCUCACUCCUUCCCUGUCCUCUCAAUCUGCCCCCCUUCCUCCUCCUCCUGUGCAUCUCCUUGACUUCCUUUCUCCGCUCUCCCCCCUCUCUCUCUUCUCCUCCUCUUCCUCUCCUUUCUCUGGCCCACCCCCCUCUCUAGUCCUCCUCCUUCCCUUGGGGGGCCGCCCCUCACCUCUGCCUCCUACCUCCUGCCUGCCCCUACUCCCUGCCUUCCCCCCUCCAUCCCCCUCUUCCCCCUGCUGUCCCCUCCCUCUUCUCUCCUUUCCCUCCCCCCCUCCCUGCCUCCCCCUGCCUUCUCUUUCUUGUCCCCCCCUCCCUUCCUGCCUCUCUGUCCCUCCCCCCCCCCCUGCCCUGGCCUUUUGCCCCCCUUCUUGCUCCUCUCCUCCACCUACCUCCCCCCUUCCCACCUGUCUCCUCCUUGCCCUCCUCCUCCUCUCCCCCUGCCUGCUCUUUCCUCCCCCCCCCCCUCUUCUCUUGCUGCGCUCCCUGCCCCUCCCCCUUGCCUUGCCUCCCUGCUGUGCUCCCCCUCCUCUCCUCCCCUUGUCUGCUGCUCUGCUUUCUUUGACCCCUCCCCUCUCUCCCUACUUCCACUACAAUCCCCCCUUCCCCUUUGCUCCUGCCCCUCCCCUCUUCCCCUGCCCCCUCUCCCACCUCCCCUCCCUUGCUCCCUGCCCCUCCCCUUGCCCCUGCCCCCUCUUCCUUCCCUCUUCCUCCCCAGUUGUCCCUACUGUCAUGGUUUAG